AUGUACCAAGGGAAAAGGCAGGAACAGAAUAACACACUGAGCCCUAACUUUGGUCCUAUUGGGAACACUGUUGUAAGAUUGUGCCAGAGGCUAGAAGGAAAGAAUCACAAGAUCAUUCUUGACAAUUUAUUCACAACAAUCACAUUGCUUUCGUAUCUGAAGCAAAAGAAAAUUCAUGUAUUAGGAACCAUAAGGUCGAACAGACUGAAGGAUGCAAAGAGUAAAUUGACCGACAGCAAAGCUCUAACGAAAUCAGGUCGAGGUUCACUGUCUAUUGCUACUUCUAAUGACAAUAUUACAGUUGUGCGAUGGGUGGAUAGAAACAUUGUCCACAUGGUAUCUACCUUUGCUGCAGGGACGCCAACUGAUACUGUCAAAAGAUGGGAUGUGAAGAACCAUGCUCACAUAGAUAUAGAGAGCCCAUAUGCUGUAGCAUGCUACAACAAAUUCAUGGGCGGAGUAGACAUGACUGAGCAGAUGGUCACACACUACCCUCACACAAUAAAGAGCAAGAAGUUUUAUUUGAGAAUGUUUUUCCACUUUUAUAAUGUUGCCCUAGUAAAUGCAUGGAUUCUUUACAAAAGAGACACUGAAAGAAAUAUUUCUUUUGGGGAAUUCAAGGCAUCAAUUGCUACAACAGUUAUAGAGCUUGGAAGCCAGCAAAGGAAGAGUGGCAGUCCAUCAAACACCCCUGACCAUGCUCACUUGAAGAAAAGGCAACACACUGUAUGUUCUGCAGAUGUAAGACUGGAUGGAAUAGCACAUUACCCUGAAAAAAAAAGAUUGUAA